AUGAAUGACACAGAACGAAAUAAUAGGGGCUCUUGUUACAUUGUUGCGCUGCUGACAGAGUGCUACAUCGCAGAUACGAGCGAACACGCCAGAGUCCUCACUGCACGCGAACUGCGCUGUCUGCCGCGAGAAACCUCUUUGCUCGUAUUUGUUUACUCCAUCCGCGGACUUCAGCUGUUUUCAGUUUUCACAAAGUUACACUUAUCACGGGCACAUGGACUGCGUGGAAUAAUCGGGUGGCUUUUCGUACGAAAGCAGGCGAUCGGCCGGUAUGGCAGCACCUGCGGCGGCGGCCCCCUGCAGAAGCUGCGCCUGCGGCGCGGCCGCCUGUGCGCCGUGCUGUCGCUCGUCUGCGUCUACCUGGCCGGCGUGCUGCUGCUCUCCUCCGUCUCCAUCGACCCCCACUACUACUCCAACGGCUUGGCACACAGCCUGCGGGGAGGCGUCGGCGGGCGACACCUGGGCAGCAUCGAGAUGCCGGCGGGCGCCAGGGGGCAGGCCGGGGGCGGCGUGGGCGGCGCGGGGCGGCGGGCGCGCAGCCGCCUCCACUGGUGCCGCCCCCUGCACUUCCUCAGCCCCCCGGGGCCCGUCGUGGCGCUCGUGUCGUUCCCCGGCAGCGGCAACACCUGGCUUCGUUACCUGCUGCAGCAGGCCACAGGCGUGUAUACGGGCUCGGUGUACAAGGACUUCGGGUUGCUGAAGAACGGCUUCCCGGCGGAGUCGGUGUGCAACGGGUCGGUGCUGGUGGUGAAGACGCACGAGAGCGGGCCCGAGGCUCGCGCCCCCUUCAGCCGUGCCGUGCUGCUGGUGCGAGCGCCGGCGGCCGCCAUCGUCGCAGAGUUCAACCGCCAGAGCGGCGGACACGUCGGCUUCGCCUCGCCCGACCGCUACCACCGCAACAGGGGCAAGUACUGGGAGUCGUUCGUGCGGUCGAUGGUGGGCAAGUGGCGGGCGCUGAACCUGGACUGGCUGCGCAGCUUCCCGGGCGAGCUGCUGGUGGCGCGCUACGAGGCGCUGGCGGCGGCAGACGGCCCCGCGCUGCGCGCCCACCUGCUGCGCCUGCUGCGCUUCCUGCGCGCCGACGCCGCCGUGUCGGCGCAGCAGCUCGCCUGCACCGUGGCACGCCGAGAGGGCAUCUACCGGCGCCGCCGCCGCGCCGCCGCCGACGCCUUCGACCCCUUCUCCGAGGACAUGAAGCGCGACCUGCGCGCCGCCGAGGACGAGGUCUUCGCCGCCAUCCGCGACUUCCAGCUGCGCCAGCAGCGCCUCCUGGGCGCCGGCGUCGACCCGGGGCCCACGGGCAGCUGAUGGCCGGCCGGCGCAGCUCGCGUCCCGCACCUGCCGUCGCCCGGCGGGCCGCCGCGGACGCACGAUCGCACGCGGUAUUCUUUUCCCCGAAAAGAUGCUCUUCCAUCCACCGCCAUCCUUCGUUUUCUCACUCGGUGGUAGCGAGUUCCUGCCGUGGAAACGACUUCGUGUACAGUGCAGCUUUGGCACCGCGGUGGUGCCUGACGGCGGUUCAGAAUCUUAAACACGCGACGAGAGAUCUCGUUUGGAGCAUCAGGUUCUUUUACUUUGACAAAUAUUAUCGUCGGUGUUACUGUCAUCCGGGUAGUCUGUUUCCCACUGUCUCGGGCCCUAUACUGCCGUGUCUACGACGUUAGCAAAACCACUGAUGCUAGGCGAGAGGGCUGACGUAGCACAACCCAAAUUUCCCCCACGUGUUCGCGCUUCUGUCCGAUUCUGCACUCUGUUGUUUACACCGUGACACCUCUACUCUCAAUUGACCACCAAUUACCCGCUCCGAAAAACGGAUCUACGGGUACGGGAAGAAUGUCUUUGGUGAGACUGGCUGACCACUCAAAAAGUUCAAUCACACGCGUAGCCAUCGCGUCCUAUUGCUACGAUACAUUCACCGUUCCCGUGGUUGUGAGACACCUUGGCCAUUUUGCUCUUCCUCUGCAGUCUCUGGACUGUCUUGAUCGCUAGUUUGCAAAUACUCGGCCAUCAGAAACAGAACAUGAGAGCGAUCCCGGGACAAAUGAAACGUCUGUUCCAGUUGCGCCACCACAACCCCAGCCGUGCUGUUGGUCUACACCCGACAGCUGCCUGAAUCUCGCUGACUGCAUGGCAUUGCCCAGUCUACCGACACGCCCUGUAGUAUUUCUCUGUUACCACCGUACUCGCCCGACACCUUCACGUUUCGCUGUCUAAAUGUUGGAGUGCUACUCGCCGCGUCCUCUUCUCCCUUUUGCAGCGCAAGGAGAACAAGUAGUUUUGUAUGCGCCGCUCCUUGACGCUCAACUGCCGUGUACUCGACGCCUACAAUGUUGUUGAGAAUACCACAACUCGUGCUACACACGAGUGAACAACAGUUUAUCCUAUACAGAGGUCACAGUCAUAUCAUUAGCGUACUAGAUCGGCAUACGUAAGUCUCCGUAUGACGGGUGAAGCGGCAGACACACUGGAUAUUUCUUUACUGCAAACGACCGACGCUAGCCGUACCGCAUUCGCGACCUGCAGACCUGCCUGGUUAGCAGACGUAAAACGGCCUACAGUCUUACAUCACACAGGCUCACACUUACCGCCUUCAUUCCUCAAGUCUGAGCCCAUAGGUAUUCUGUUCUUAUAGCAGAUAUACGACUGCUGUGACCUACACGACGGUUUCAAAGCUAUGUCGCUUGUGGUUGCAGAACCACGGUCCUUCAUAAUAUCUCCCGUCAGUUAUAAAAUACGACCCUGUGCUGUUUGCUACGUUUUCAGGAAGAAAUUCACGGUUCAAUAACAUUCAUUUUCGAAAUAUUAAUCGGCAAGUGAAGUAAUAGAGCAAAAUUUUCGACAAAUUACUUACGAUUUGUUAGUUUAAAAAGGUAUUUAUACGAUUUACAUGUUUUCUUUUCAUAAGAAAUUUUCGAAAUAAUUUCUUAAUAUAACUGCUUUUAUAAUUCUAGAACUACUGGAUAAUUCUUUCACUUUCUGGAAGCAGUUACAUAUAUUGUAACUUUUCAUUAUGUCUUCAAUCAACACUGCCGUCGAUUCGAGUAGCCUUUGUUACUAACGACUGUAAAAAUCAAUUUUCCACAAACGUAACUACAAUCUGAGGGAGCUUCCAGCGCUUCCAGGAGAAACUCAGCAUCCAGUUGCAUAUGGCUCGAUAACCUUCCAGCGGCAGCUAUCUACGUGUAAUGUGUAAAUGAUCGAAGCUGCCUGUACAUUCUUUCUGGCGUACCACGAACUUGUUCAAGUCCGCGGAAGAGGACUUGUCGCUACCGGAGGGGAUAAAACUGUUUUGUCGGCUGCCUUACAGUUUUUCAGUCAUCUAAUUACAGUUCAUACACCGCGCGAUGGUCUAUAUGAUCUUUACGCUUUUCCGUUUCAAACAAAAUAUCUGCACUUUGGUAUUUGUUAAAACAGAUUCUUCCGCAAAUCACGACGGGAAAGAAAAUUAUCUGAUUGUUUCACCGCAUGCAGCUACCCACUGUGAGCAGACAUUUUUGUGGACAAGUAGCUUCUGUAUAAAGAAUAUGGCCAGUCUUCACAUGCGGGGAUGUAAGAUGCGUUGCUGUAAUCGUAGAGAUUGUCGCGAAAUUAAAAAAAAAAAAAAACUUUACACAAGCUAUAACGGGGCUUCUAUAAACCAUUCAUUCGUUUUCGCAGUCUGUAUUUUCCAAAGUAUUACAUAUACAAAUAUGACUGAUGCCCGAACAUAACCGUAAGCUCACCAACUUUGUAUUUUGCCCUCUACAGUUGUUUUGUGAGUGCCCUUCUGGUCACACGUCCAAGCGGUAGUCAGGUUCGUUUCGUAACUUAAGUAGCAACAUCCUGUCAGCGGUAAUCAUAGCAGCAUGGAUGCGUUCUCUGAGCUGCUCCAGUGCUCCCGCAAGUCUAAAUAUGUAAACACGGUUCUUACUGGCCGCUCCAGAGGGAAGAGUCACGACGUGUAAGGUCAAGAGACCUGGGGGAGGGGACCAAGGGAACAGUCCUCUUCGCCACUACACCCAAGCCACCGACGCGGAAAUUCUGUAUCGACGAACAUCGGGGCGCCAAUGAGGGGGUGCCCCGUCUUUUUGGAAGAUGGCUGCAAUAUAUCAAGGUAAGGGCUACCCGGCGCAGUCUUCUCACACAAGAAGAGCGACCCACACAGCUUUGGCUGCGACACUGAACAGAAAGCAUUAAGCUUCGUCAAAUCUCAUUCGUGCGCCAAAAUCCCCGAGAAUUUUCAUUGGCCCACACUCUUAUGUUAUUUCCAGGUAAAUGGACGGUUGUUUCGGCGCUGAAUAUCAGCCUGGAGGCGAAAUGUUUAUCCUCAAAUGCUUCCUGCACUGUGAUCUAAAAUUGAAGGCUAUAAUCGUUGCACGAGGUGCAGACGGUAAGGUUUGAAAUGUAACCGCCGUCGCAAAAGCUUCCGCACAGUUUCCAGCAGUAUUCCUAUUCCCGGCACGAGAGGAUUCCUAAUUUUUUUGGACUGGGUACCAAACUUUCCCUCAUCCUCUCCACGGUAGCAUCUGGCACAAUUGCAGAGACAAACAUGUGUCCUCGAAUUGACGAAAGCGACACACAACGCCCCGUUUACAAGACUGUUGUUUUCCCAGAGUUCCUUCUGAAUGCUCGCCGCACUGUUGUUAACAGAUAAACACCACACAAGAACUCCUGUCUUGCUUUGUGGCCAUUUCGUCGGGGCUCUGUACUUUAAACGCCAAUUGGUAGACAAAACGCAAAUUCGGUGAGUUUACGGAUCCAUUCAUCCAUCAGUCACGUUUGUACGUACAUGUACAAUCUAAGGAAAAGCUAGACUGCUACCUGCAUGUUAAGUUGCAGGCAGGCACAAUUAAAAGACACUUAUACAUUAGCUUUCUUCCACAGUCUUCGUCGGAAGAAGAAACACACACACACACACACACACACACACAGUGCUUGGGUGAAUGAAUGUAUACAUGUUCCUCUUUCUUUUUCUGAUGAAGGCUCUGGCUGAAAGUGAAUGUAUAAGUGUCUUUUAAUUGUGCCUGCCUGCAACUUAACGGGUCACCUUUACGGCCGGUAGCAAUCUGUCUUUUCCUUACAGUGUUGAUAUUCCAGCCUGAACUUUCCAUUGUCUGAUAUUUAUAAAGAUAUUGGAAACUAUAGAACUUUGAAAAGGAUGGUUCAUUUAUAGCAUCCCAAUAUUUAAAUUACAUUUCUAUAAGUAGUAAAUUUAGGCAACAAAUUUAUUUUAUCCUUAUAUAGUUAUCAGGAAUCCCUGAGAAACAAUCGCAUGACAGAACUGUUUGAUAACAAAAGGCUAAAUCCACACGUAUUUUUACGAUUUCUGGUCGUGGCUUCUAGGAGAUAAAUUGUCGGCCAUGUAGACACAUAACUCAUUACGCUUAUCUACCAGUAAUCUGAGUCAUAAAAACAUCGUGUAAGAACCUGAAACGCUUACACAACUGCAUACCAGGAUAUGUUAUCGGUUCCCACUUACAAUGUUUAUAUAGCCAGUUCUUCACAACCUCUUGAAACUAAAUAUCUAAACAAAAGACAAUGAGGUGAAAUUUAUUCUCACGUUUCGAAUUAUCAAAGCAGGUUUUGGAACUGAAGCUCUUUCUAGAAUGGUUACUUCUGAACCGAACGUGAAAAAGUCUUCCUUCUGAGUGCAUUAUUAUCUGAUGCAGUGAAUGUCGGCGAUACUGUCAGAUUUCACAACACAAAUGCCAUCAGAAAUUCCCUGCAUAAAAUAUCAGCGGCUGUGAUGUCAUCUUCGUUGAUAUAUCCACACCAUCAGCACAACACCACGUACAACGUAAAUCCUGCACAAUUUCCUGUUUAUUCAAAUCAUUAUUUACUAUUUGAGUAAAGCGUAUUUUUUCCCGUAAAGACAAGAAGAAAACCGGUGUACACACAAGAAGUUUACGGGGCUUCCAGAGAAUCUGCUGUAAGUCCUUUGUUACUAUUCACAUGCUGAAAUAUUCAAAAGGUGAACAAUCUAUGCUAGUCACAGCGAGUGAUACAAGAAACGAAGUAUAAAGUUGGGACUUUAAACAAGACCAGCGAAACUUCUACAGUAAGAUAACAUAAAGUACAGAAGUAUUCGAGGCGUUCUGUAAACGUUUAGCAAGAGUGGAUCUCUUGCAAGUGGAAGCGAGGCAAGAUAGAGAAACAACGGAGAAACAAGAAAACUUGCGAGACCCGAAACGUUGGUGUCAUCACUGCCAGCGAUAUACAACACAACACGAUAACAUUUCCCGGAAGCACGCACGUCAACAGAAAAUUUCCCUUUUUCGUCCCGUAAGUGGAUCGUGCCUGGUUUUGGAAACACAGUAAACGUAACUGUUGAAACACCGUACAAGCAAUGGCCAACGCCACAGUGUGUGCGAGGAGCGAUGUUCGUUCAAAGAGCGCCACGCAGAUUCAUGGCCAGUGCAAGUAUUACAUUUAAAUUUUUAAGGCACAACUGCCUACAGUGUGUGUCAGUAUUUAAAACAUCGAAAACUUCCUUGCCCACCGGCAGGCAAAAGUCCUAUCUUACUUAUAAAAAUUCAAGUGACAUCUUUCAUAAAAUCUUUGCAAGAGUUUUUGUUUGUAUACAUACAUAAAAUUGUCAAGAAAUGAUCACCCGAAAUCUGUUACAAUGAAAAUUGGCUAUGUAACUCAGCACAAAAAUGGAUUUUCAUUUUCAUUUUAAAGAAAAGUUCUUGUUAGUUGCUCAUCCGACCAAGUGCGAAUACGCGCAACAUUAGAGAGAGUUAAAACUUCAGAAAUGAAUUUGCAAUCUCAGUUCACAACAUAAGAAAGACUCACGGAUCAUCACUCACUCGACCUACAGCGAAAUAGGUGUAACAUUAGAUUAAGUUAAAAUUUCAUAAACGAAAGAUCGUCAGAUAACGUGAUAAACAGGAAUGGGACAUUAUUUUAUUUUAUUUCGACUGAUGAACAUGUCGUAGACAAGGCUAAAAAAACUAGUUACGGUUACUUGUUAUCUGGUUGUUAAUCAAAAGGAUUGGGUUCGACCUGUUAUUGACGUAAAUUACCAUUUCUUCGAGCAUAUCCAAAUUAGCACCCCAAUUGUCAGUGUGAAAUAAUAAUUGACAAUUUUCACUGGAAGCUAAAUGAUAAUUCUGUUCCGUUAAGUAGUAGCCCAGGCACACAAGGUGGCGCAGGCCAUUCAUUGCUUGUACGAUACUUCCAGUUAGGUUCGAACUGUGCAACUAAUGGCGCUUCCUGUUAUUCUGCACAUCAGUAUUGAGGCUAUUUGACUUCUACAUGCAAGUCUCAUGUAUUUGUGUCUAAAAUGAUGGAUUAAACCAGAAACGCGUCAUGACAGUUAAGUAGCAAACUCAGAAAACUGUUUUUACACAUAACACAGCCUUUUUAAAUUCUUUCAAUACGUAGUUAUGUUCAUAACUAUUUCAUGCCUCUAGAAGGACUUUCAGUCUGUUUCAGAAUUAAAAGACUGUCCAAUCACUCACACACUCACUGAAUAAUAGACAUAUCAAAAACCAAUGUCAUUGCCUACAAAUGAGUUCGAUACAAAAAUUAAAAUCUAUACGUAAUUUGACAGCGCACAGGAAACUGUUACAAAUAGUUAAUUAGCGGAAAGAAAUCUCCUUUCUGAGAAUUAAGUAACGGUUUCAUCGAGAUGUAUAGCUGUUUACAACGACGUAUAAUAUGCAAGACAUCGUGUCUUGGUGAAAUGUCGAUAAUUUCCAGCACGUUUGGAAGUAUCCGUCCGGCAAAUACUCUGCUUGGAUACACGCUGGCCGCUGCAGAAGAAUCUCUCAUGUCUGUACCGUGAGAGGGAGGGCGAGAGCAUUCUGGCUCAGUUUUCGGAUUGCGGUCAUUAUGCUGAUUGCGGAAAACUACUUGAGGAAAUCAAAGGAGCAUUUAGGAAAUCGCAAUUAUUAAAACUUGGGAUGAGUCAGCUAUAUUUGGUAUUGUUUUACAGUUUGAAUUGAUUCCGGUUAAAUCUGCAGUGAGGUGUUCCAAAUGAAACAAUAAUUUAUACUUACUAGCGCCUUUUUUUUUUAAAUUUAGCCACCGUUAUGUGAGGAAUCUUUUAGAUUUUUCAAAACAUCGGUAAGUUAGAAGCUCUCAAAUAAUUUGGUAAUACUUUUUCUCACGAGGAAAUGAAGUUUUACCUUAAUUUGUUUUCCGAGUUUAAUUUUCCGUAAAGAAAAUGUAAUAUGAGGAAAUAAGAAUAAUAUUCUGUUUAACGAAUUUGUAACCGAUUUAUUGUUGCUACUUUUCUCAAUACUCUGGAGUUUUCCCGUGCCAAAAAUUAGUGGAAUUCUGGAAACUGUUUUAAUCACUGGAAUAGGCCUCUGGUAACCUGAGUUUGCUCCGAUUUAUGAGUGGAACUUCGGCGUGCAUGAAAAGAAAACUACCAAAAUUUCGUACUUUUUCUGGUCUUCAAAUUCCCAUGAAACUAUGCAGUUAAUGGAAAAAACCAAAUUACCGGAAAUGUUGAGCAUUAAUUUCUACGUCGGUUAAGUACCAAAACUUUAGCAUUUGCUUGACGCGAAAUUUCAGACGAGAACAGUUGUACAGCAUCCAAUUGUGUUUUCAAAGAGUUAAAGAAAGUGACAAAAAACCUAGAUGGUAAGUAAAUAUUGUCAAUAUUCAAUUAUAAGUAAGUCACAUAGUUAACCUCCAACAUCAACUUUCUACUUUCCAUUCAAUGAUUUUUUUCCCAUAUUCGCUUUCUUAAUUUUGUUAUUGGUACGUAAUCCUUGAUCUACGCGUUAUCGUGAAAAUAGUUUUGAAAACCGUGAAAUUAACAGAAUAAUAUUAUUGUAUAACGUUACAUAGUGGACGAAAUACUUGUAAUUAUCUAAGUGAAAACAAAUACGUUAUGUUUAUUAUUGUUUUAAGAGGAAUUAAAACAUAGUUCACCUAAUAGAAAAUUGAGUUACAUAUGAUUAUAUGAAAUUGCUUUUAGGUAAUACAAUAAAAGAAAAUAUCUUAGAGUAAAAGAUUAAUCUUUAGCUAUCUACAAUGCGUUUUUCUUAAUUUUACAAUAUUAUCUUUUUUAAACGCUUGGAGGACGAGGGUUCAAAUAACAUUAGACCUAAUUCUUUCAGUUAUUCUGUAUUCAUAUCCGUUGUGGGAUCCAUUCACCUCCUUCCAAAAUCUCAUUAUCUACGUCACAAUCAUCAGAGUUAAUAAUGGGGAUGUCAGUUAGAACAUUGAUGUAGGGUUGGCCUUUGCACAGUUUGCAAACGGCGGUACCGUUAAUGCUGUUUUCCAGCAGACAUCAUGUACAAUAUGUGCAGUAAGUGGUUUUGGAGAGUUCCUUGUGUGCUGCUUCCUUAGGUAUGGGAACUGGUAAGAGACUUGAUUUUGAAGCCGUUAUUUACUUACCAGCUAGGUUUUUUGACGCUUUCUUUGACUCUUUGAAAACACACAUCGAUGCUCUACAACUUUUCCCACAUGAAUCUUUACGUCAAAUUGGCCGAGUCUCAGAUGCUUCAUGUUUUAUAGCGACGAAACGAGGUUUUUGAAAAGUGUGAAAAUUUCCGUUUCAUGGCGUAAUUUUUCUAAACGAAGUUUUAAUCAAACAGCAAUGUUUCGGAACUUAGUCUAUGCAGAAUUUAAUGCCCGACUUUUUUCGAUUAUCGCCUAGUUUCAUAGGAAUUUGGAAAGAAGAAUCAGGAAAAGUCCCAAAUUUUGGUGAUAUUCUUUUCAUUGUGGCUGAAGCUCCAGUCAGAAAUCGGGGUAAGCUCAGAGUAUUCACAUCGUAUCAGAGGCCUACUUGAGUGAUUGAAACUCUUUCCCGAAUUCCACAAAUGUUUGGAAGGCAACCUCCUUUUUGGAGCUUAUUUGACUGGCCUGUAUUGGUUGUCGGUCUCCUUCACCCGCAAGAAGUCUUCUGCCUGGACUCAAGCGAAAUUGUAAACUGUAAACUGGAAAACAGUACUUUCACUGAUAUUUCGAAAUUUUUUCCAAAAAGGCUUCCAUUUGCAAGUCGGUCCCUUAACAAAAGUGAAAAUGAUCUCGACUCCGAAAAGAAGGUGUCGUGCGUUCCGCGUAACAACCGAAAAUAGACUUAUGACGUCGCCUACCUUUGAAUCGCGGUUGGAGGGUCUCGAACCCCUCACAUAGCUCUCUCGGUGAGUUAGUUUAUUUUAGUUGAGGCAGAAUAUGAAGCGGCUGAAAUAGGUGCACGCGAGCAAGAUAGCUGGGGAAAAUGACGAAAUCUCACAAAAAGUUACUAAAUUAAGACGGUUGCAAAGUCGUAAAUGUGAAGAUCAUUAUUUCCGCCCGAGAGAGCUUGAAAGAUGACAGUUAAAGGCAUGUUGACCCUCUCAAAGAGCGCUAUAAAGAAAUGGCUUCAGUCAAGUACUGGUGCCGAAAACCCACUUCCUGGAGGACCAUUGUGAUGAAUAUCACACGUUUCUCAUCUGACUUCCACAAAUGAAGCAUUAAAAUACGAAGACCAAACUACAUCUAACUUACCACGUAUAUUUGAGAUUAUACCAUGGGUAUUUUAAUCUAAGACACCAGGGCUAACUUCAUAGCGCACAGUCAUUCUCUGUAAGACAUCCGGUUCCCACUCUUAGUAUCCCAUUUGAUGAAAGCUUCUUUUUCUGUGAACUGAAAUGUGAGCUUAUCAAGUUUUCUAAGUGAUCGUCUAUCAAGGAAUAUUUCUAAAGUAGGUCAUUUUUUGCUUGACUGUUACUCCCCAGUAACUUUUUUGUCUUCCAACGUACAUCUUUAACUACAAUGUACGACAAAGAUUUCUGUCGAAAUGUGUGCCACCAACAGCUGUACCUUACAUAGUUUCGAACCGUUUUACGCAGUCACCUUCCACCUUCACAAACCACUGACAACCAAUGAGAUUUAGACCCCUUCCUGGCUCUUCCCAUCGGUAGAGGUGGCCACACACCUAAUGCAAACUCGACAAAUUUGCAAUGUGUAAUUAUUUUGAACAGGCAUGGAGAAAUCCCUUUGCCUUCACUCCGAUCUGUUACAUUUCCUAAUAUUACUAUAGCCGAAGUAUUCGUGAGAACGGCUGUUUCGCAAGCGGAAAGUCGAUGCCUGGCGUAGAUAACUGCACGGUACUAUCAUGUCACACUGUGUCUGAUGUCACUGUGAAAUAACAUGCACGCUAUUUCAGCCUGUUUACAAUUAUUAUGGUUGGAUCCAAAUCUCGAAAUAGGCGAAACAAACGUCUCAUUAUGACGAAUGAUGUGAUACGGCAACAGUAUUGUUUACGGCCUCCAUUCUUGUUAAAUGUUGUGUAGCAUACGCGCAAACAUAGUUGACACUCGGCGAGGUGGCUGAUGGGAGCGACCGUAAAGGCGUUUCCCACAUCAGCCGCCGUGCCAAGUGUCAACUCUGUUUGCGCGUUUAAUAGACUUUCUUUAACGGGAACAUUUGUAUUGAGGUAAACGACACAGGGUACCGAAUCUGUUAAAAUUCUUGAUUUCCAAAGAAAUUAUUCUGAUUUUUAGCUGUUUGAUUAAGACGUUUUAUCUAUAAUGGUAGCUACUUAACACUUGUUAUCAUUUGUGUAAUGAUACCAAUGAACAGAUGGUUUUCUUCACAAAAGCUCUUCCAACACUGGAAACUGCGAAUUUAUCACGAAAGCAUUUAUUCCGACAGGAACAAGAUGACAGAACUGAAAUUCCUUUAUACGAGGUGGUAUGUGAACACAAACUGUCGAAGGCCUUUAAAUAAAACUUAUUUUGUCUGUUUUUUGUGUUUAUAGAGUUUAUACAGUUGUGUGCAAUAAAUCUGUUGUGACUUUCUCA